GCAGCACUGGAGCCGUUUAUCAAGCAUUUAAUUUAACCAUGCGCGAAAUGAUGGCAGUCAAGGAGAUACGACUUGAGCAUUUUCCCAUCGACCUUUGCCCUUCUGAUUUUGAAAGUCAGGGUGAAGGAGCCAGAGGCAACAUUUUAGCUGUAACGAACAACGAGUUUUCUUUGUCCAACACCAACAAUUCUUCGUCUUCGUCACCCUUAGUUGUGUCUACGAGGAACGAUAGUUUCACCUCUUCUACUUUGGUUCCCUUGUCCUCUUUGGAAAAUGUUCAUCAAUUAACUUUCUCGCCCCAGAGUAAUCGGAAGUCUUUAGAUCCAGGACUUAUGUCUUCACAUUUCGCGUUGACGGACAAAGGGUCUCACUUGAUCAGCCAGACUGAGGCCAGGCACCAGUUGGCUCGGCUCUCUGCUUGCCUGCGCGAAUGUGAUCUCCUUGCCAGUCUCAAUCAUCCUGGUUUGGUUAGAUUCUUGGGAGCUGAGGAAGCAAUUCUUGUUCAACCU